AGAGAAACACCAUAUAAUUAUUUUACUAAAAUAAAAUAAAUAUUUAUAUACUUGCACUGGUCCUGUCGGCUUCAACCAGGCAAAGAAAAGAUCAUCGAUCUCGUCUCCUACCCGCCCACUCUCUCUCUCUCAUCUUCACCCUCUUCAAACCCUAAUUUCUGCCUCCGAUCCACCUCUCUUCGCUCAAUCUUCCAACCUUCUCUGCUCUACAGAAACGGCCGAUUCUUGUAGGGUCUCAAUCACCUCCCGAAUCCGUUGAAUUUCUUAGUUAGUUGAGUUGAGUCAGUGUCUCCUCCAACACAACAUCGGCCUCUAUCACAGAACCAGGUUUCUUUCUAAAUUGGGAGCUUUGAGGAUCUUGGGUUGGUCUUCUCAUGGCACAUAUUGGUGGGCAUCAUUUCUCUGGAGGGUCUCUAUCAGGGCCUGCGAAUGAUGCUUUGUACAAGGAACUGUGGCAUGCCUGUGCUGGACCCCUUGUUACUGUUCCUCGUGAAGGAGAACGAGUUUAUUACUUCCCACAAGGCCACAUGGAACAGCUUGAAGCAUCAACCCACCAAGGAUUAGAUCAACAACUCCCUUCAUUCAAUCUUCCAGCAAAAAUACUUUGCAAAGUAAUGAAUGUUCAGCUGCGGGCUGAACAAGAGACAGAUGAAGUUUAUGCGCAAAUAACUCUUCUACCUGAAGCAGAUCAAAGUGAGGUCACCAGCUCAGAUCCACCUCUUCCAGAACCUCAAAAGUGCAAUGUCCAUUCAUUUUGCAAGACACUUACUGCAUCUGACACGAGCACCCAUGGUGGAUUUUCGGUUCUUCGGAGGCAUGCGGAUGAGUGCUUGCCUCCACUGGAUAUGUCCCAACAGCCACCAUGGCAAGAACUGGUUGCAAGUGACCUUCACGGAAGUGAAUGGCACUUUCGUCACAUUUUUCGAGGGCAACCCAGGCGCCAUUUACUCACAACUGGCUGGAGUGUCUUUGUUAGUGCCAAAAAAUUAGUUGCUGGUGAUGCUUUUAUUUUUCUGAGGGGUGAAAAUGGGGAGCUGCGAGUUGGAGUAAGGAGGCUCAUGAGACAACAAAACAACAUGCCAUCUUCUGUUAUAUCCAGUCACAGCAUGCAUCUUGGGGUUCUUGCUACUGCAUCUCAUGCUAUAUCCACUGGAACCCUGUUUUCUGUCUUCUACAAACCAAGAACAAGUCGGUCGGAGUUCGUUGUCAGUGUCAACAAGUACCUUGAAGCACGGAGCCAGAAGCUCUCUGUUGGGAUGAGGUUCAAGAUGAGGUUCGAGGGUGAGGAAGUUCCCGAAAGAAGGUUCAGUGGAACAAUUGUUGGUGUCACAGAAAGUACAUCAUCUAGAUGGCCUGAUUCUGAAUGGAGAUCCUUGAAGGUUCAAUGGGAUGAGCCUUCAUCAAUUUCGCGCCCAGAAAGAGUUUCACCAUGGGAAUUGGAGCCACUUGUGGCAGCAACUUCUCCGAGUUCCCAACCUCUGCAGAGGAACAAGCGGGCACGACCAGCAGUUUUACCCUCGCCAACACCAGAUCUUUCUGCGUUUGGCAUGUGGAAAACACCAGCAGAGUCUCCUUCAGCUUUCUCGUAUUGUGAAUCACAACGUGGGCGGGAUCAUUAUCCUUCCCCCAAAUUCUCCUCAGCCAAUCCUCAUGGCUUCAGCGAGAAUAGUUCCCUCACCCCAGUUUCAAGUAAGCCAAUGUAUUGGUCUAACCAAGCGGAAACCAUGACAGAGUCUUUCGUACCUGUUGUUAACAAGGAAUCCAGUGAAAAAAGACAGGGCACUAGCAACGGUUACAGGCUCUUUGGGAUUGAGCUACUUGACAAUUGUACCAUGGAGGAAACUUUGCCAGUGAUUACAGUGCCAGGUGCACUAGCUGAGAACCAGCCAGUUCCAUCUUUGGAUGUUGAAUCUGACAGGCAUUCUGAACCUUCAAAUAUUUAUCGAUCUGAUAUUCCUUCAAUAAGUUGUGAGCCUGAGAAAUCAUGCCUCAUAUCACCCCAGGAGUCCCAAAGCAGACAAGUUCGGAGCUGCACUAAGGUGCACAUGCAAGGAAUUGCUGUUGGGAGGGCGGUAGAUUUGACACGUUUGUAUAGGUACGAGGAUCUGCUCAGGAAAUUGGAGGAGAUGUUUGAAAUUGAAGGUGAACUCUGCGGAUCAUUGAAAAAAUGGCAGGUUGUUUAUACAGAUGAUGAGGAUGACAUGAUGAUGGUUGGGGAUGAUCCAUGGCAUGAGUUCUGCAACAUGGUGAGGAAGAUUUUUAUCUACACAAAUGAGGAAGUAAAGAAGCUGUCACCCAAGGUUAAACUUCCAGCCAGUGAUGAGGUCAAACCAUGCAAGUCAGCUUCGGAUAAUGCGGUUGGCACUGAGGACCAGUUAUCAGAUGUGGGCCCUGCUCACUGACGUGCCCAUAAAAAACAAAUACUAGAUGGAUGAAUGACCUGGAGAAUCAAUCAGUUGUGAUUUGAUAUUUUAGCAGAGAUGCUAUCCAUGGACAUUGGGUCAUGCUGGAAUGGCUGGUUCAGUUAUUGACAAACGGCAGUAAGGACACACUGGUGAGACAAAAAAAGCAAAUCUUUUAAGUCCACUUGGUGUCUUGGGGGAGAGUGGGCUAAAGGGGAUUUGGGUGCAUUGUUAAUUUUAAUGUUUGUUUUUUGUCAAGGGAAUGUCGUAGUGCUUGCUAGUUUGGACCUUAGAUGGGGUGCGAAAAAACAAUGUCUGCUUCCACCUCUUGUGCCGAAGACUUGGGAGGAGAUGGAGAAAUACCCUCCUCUAUUACUUGCUGUUAUGUUUUGUCGUCAAAGUUAUUUUAUUUUUAUUUUUUAUUAAAAUAUAUAUAGAGGAAAGUAUACCUUCUGGUCAUGUGUACAUAAAUAUAUAUAGUUUUAGCUUCUCAAUU